AGGACCCAGGUCAGGUGGGGUCAGGCGCCCCCAGCUGUCCACCAUGGUGGUGGCACACCCUGCCACCACCGCCACCACCACGCCCACCGCCACAGUCACGGCCACCGUCAUCAUGACGACAGCCACCAUGGACCUCCGGGACUGGCUGUUCCUCUGCUACGGGCUCAUUGCCUUCCUGACCGAGGUCAUCGACAGCACCACCUGCCCCUCGGUGUGUCGCUGUGACAAUGGUUUCAUCUACUGCAACGACCGGGGGCUCACGUCCAUCCCCUCGGACAUCCCCGACGACGCCACCACCCUCUACCUGCAGAAUAACCAGAUCAACAACGCCGGCAUCCCCCAGGAUCUCAAGACCAAGGUCAACGUGCAGGUCAUCUACCUGUACGAGAACGACCUGGACGAGUUCCCCGUCAACCUGCCGCGCUCCCUGCGGGAACUGCACCUGCAGGACAACAACGUGCGCACCAUCGCCAGGGACUCGCUGGCCCGUAUCCCGCUGCUGGAAAAGCUGCACCUGGACGACAACUCCGUGUCCACCGUCAGCAUCGAGGAGGAUGCCUUCGCGGACAGCAGGCACCUCAAGCUGCUCUUCCUCAGCCGAAACCACCUGAGUAGCAUCCCUUCGGGGCUGCCCCACACGCUGGAGGAGCUGCGUCUGGAUGACAACCGGAUCUCCACCAUCCCACUGCACGCCUUCAAGGGCCUGCACAGCCUGCGGCGUCUGGUGCUGGACGGCAACCUGCUGGCCAACCAGCGCAUCGCCGACGACACCUUCAGCCGCCUGCAGAACCUCACCGAGCUCUCGCUGGUGCGCAACUCGCUGGCCGCCCCGCCCCUCAACCUGCCCAGCGCCCACCUGCAGAAGCUCUACCUGCAGGACAACGCCAUCAGCCACAUCCCCUACAACACGCUGGCCAGGAUGCGGGAGCUGGAGCGGCUGGACUUGUCCAACAACAACCUCACCACCCUGCCACGCGGCCUGUUUGACGACCUGGAGAGCCUGGCCCAGCUGCUGCUGCGCAACAACCCGUGGUUCUGCGGCUGCAACCUCAUGUGGCUGAGGGAUUGGGUGAAGGCCCGGGCAGCCGUGGUCAACGUGCGGGGCCUCAUGUGCCAGGGCCCCGACAAGGUCCGGGGCAUGGCCAUCAAGGACAUCACCAGCGAGAUGGACGAGUGCUUCGACACGGCGGUGCAGGGCGGCGUGGCCAACGCCGCCGCCAAAACCACAGCCAGCAACCACGCCUUGGCCACCACGCCCCAGGGCUCCCUGUUCACCCUCAAGGCCAAGAGGCCGGGGCUGCGCCUUCCUGACUCCAACAUUGACUACCCCAUGGCCACCGGCGACGGUGCCAAGGCCCUGGUCAUCCAUGUGAAGCCGCUGACCGCGGACUCCAUCCGCAUCACGUGGAAGGCCACGCUCCCCGCCUCCUCCUUCCGUCUCAGCUGGCUGCGCCUGGGCCACAGCCCGGCCGUGGGCUCCAUCACAGAGACCCUGGUGCAGGGAGACAAGACAGAGUACCUGCUGACUGCCCUGGAGCCCAAGUCCACCUACAUCAUUUGCAUGGUCACCAUGGAGACCGGCAACGCCUACAUGGCCGACGAGACGCCUGUGUGUGCCAAGGCAGAGACGGCCGACAGCUACGGCCCUACCACCACGCUCAACCAGGAGCAGAACGCUGACCCCAUGGCAGGCCUGCCUCUGGCAGGCAUCAUCGGUGGCGCCGUGGCACUGGUCUUCCUCUUCCUCGUCCUGGGUGCCAUCUGCUGGUACGUGCACCGGGCUGGUGAGCUGCUGAGCCGGGAGAGGGCCUACAACCGGGGUAACCGGAAAAAGGACGACUAUAUGGAGUCGGGGACCAAGAAGGAUAACUCCAUCCUGGAAAUCCGAGGCCCUGGGCUUCAGAUGCUGCCCAUCAACCCGUACCACGCCCGGGAGGAAUAUGUGGUCCACACCAUCUUUCCUUCCAACGGUAGCAGCCUCUGCAAGGGCACACACACCGUUGGGUAUGGUACCACACGCGGCUACCGAGACGCCGGCAUCCCCGACAUAGACUAUUCCUACACAUGAUGCCCGCCCGGCCUGGCCACCUCCACCCCGGCU